UAAAAUAUCAAAGAUAAUCCCAAUAUCCAAAUCUUCCACUAUAAUUGAAAGAAAAAAAAAAGACACCUUUUUAAAAUUCAACCUCUCCUCCCACCAUCUCUCUCUCUCUGCAAAUUCUCAGUUUCUUCUAAUCUUCUUUAUAAAUCUUCUGUUCUUUUAUCAGAGAACCAAAAAAAUCUCAGUCUCUUUUACAACAACAACAAAAAAAAAUAUGAUAAACGGCUGGAGAAGAGCUUUUUGCACUUACAUACCCAAAGAAACUACCCAAUACAACGACGAAGACGUUAACGUUGUUGAUUCACCGGACACUCAUCGUUUCCGCCACAAAUCAACUUCUCGGUUCGGUUUUUUCUCAACUCCUUCCACUCCUCGUUCUGAUUCCAACACCGGAACUUACAGCCUCCGUUGUCGUACUUCAACAGCCACCUCCGUCGCCACCCCUACUCCGUCUCUUCCCGGAACUCCCAAGCUUAAGUGCAAAACCACCACCGGAGAGUUUACCACAACCCCGAGAAACAGAAGCCUCGUCUCUCUUUUUACACCUUCUUCUUCUUCUUAUCCUCUCUCUCCAGCGAGCUUCUCCCUUCUCAAAUCCAAACUCCGAUUCAUCAAAUUUGGAUUUGAGCAGAGUAGCAGCAACAAAUGUGGAAUCUGUUUACAGAGUGUGAAAUCAGGCCAAGGCACGGCGAUUUUCACGGCGGAGUGUUCGCACACGUUUCAUUUCCCCUGCGUUACUUCACGCGCCGCCGCGAAUCUUAACCGGCUUGCUUCUUGUCCGGUUUGCGGAUCUGAGAUUCUAAAUCACGCUAAACCGGAAUCUAAAAUCAAACCGGAAAUUAAGAACAACAACAACAACAAGUCUCUCAGAGUUUACAACGACGACGAACCUUUAAUUUCAUCUCCGAUAUCUCCCGCCGGAUUCCACACCAUACUUGAAUCCGACGAAAAAGAAGACGGCGGAGAUGAGUUCAGUGGAUUCUCCGUUAGUACUCCGUCACCUUUAACGGCGAAAUUGUUGACGGAUCGUAACGUCGACGUUAAGCUCUCACCGGAAUCUGCCGUCGUUGCGUCAGGUAAAGGCUACGAGACUUGCUCUGUGGUCAUGAAGGUGAAAUCGCCGCCGUUUCCGACGGCGCGUGGAUCUGCGCGUAGAGCUCCGGUCGAUUUGGUAACCGUUUUAGACGUCAGCGGGAGAAACUCCGGGGAGAAAUUGGAGACGAUGAAGCGGACGAUGAGGAUUGUGAUUUCGAAUCUGAGGGAUACGGAUCGUUUGUCGAUCGUCGCGUUUUCGUCUAGCUCGAAACGGUUAUCGCCGCUACGGAGGAUGACGGCGAACGGGAGGAGAUCUGCGCGGAGGAUCGUGGAUAUCGUCACCGUUCCAGGCUCCGUCGCCGGAGAAGGGAUGAGUGUGAACGACGCGUUGAAGAAAGCGGUUAAGGUGUUAGACGAUCGCCGGGUGCAAAACCCUUUCACCACCGUCUUCGUUUUAACGGACCGACAGGCCCAUCAAACGGCCCAAUUAGCCCAUUCUAGAAUCCCCGUGCACACCGUAUGGUUUAACCGCGCGUUUCCCGAGGACGCGUUUGCGAGAAGCAUCAACGGUUACUUGAGUUUGUCGGUUCAAGAUCUCGGGUUAGAGCUCGGGUUAGUUUCCGGGUCGGGUCAAGGAGAGAUAACUUCUGUUUACUCUCUUACGGGUCGACCCGCUUGGCUUGGAACCGGAUUAAUUCGGUUAGGUGAUAUGUACGCGGAGGAAGAAAGAGCCUUGCUGGUUGAAAUCAAAUCACCGGUUAAUUCCUUAACCGGUAGUAGAUCUCACAAAAUCAUGACCGUUCGAUCUCGUUACGUGGACCCAACAACUCAAGAAACAAGAAACUCCGAAGAUCGCGCGCUUUUAAUACCAACACCGCUAACCGUACGAUUAUCAACAAAUCCGAAUAUCUCACGGCUCAGAAACCUCCACGUAAGCACUCGAGCCGUGGCGGAGUCUCGUCGGCUGAUAGAGCGUAACCAUUACUCGGGAGCUCAGAGACUGCUGACCUCAGCUAGAGCUUUGCUUGUGCAGCACGGUUUGAGCACGAGCGAUGUGUGCAUACGUGGCUUAGACGCUGAGCUAGCGGAUCUUAACGGUCUGAGAGGAAGACACGUGGCGGCAUCGGAGAGUUUGGAGUCACUUACUCCGACGUCGGCUUGGAAAGCGGCGGAGAGGUUAGCUAAAGUGGCGAUGGUGAGGAAACAUAUGAACAGAGUCAGUGACUUGCAUGGGUUCGAAAACGCUAGAUUCUAGUUUUUAAAAAAAAUAUUUAUUAUAAAUAUAUUUUCCUUUGAUUAUUUAGGUUAAGAACUUUGUGUAAUGAUCUGAUACAAACAAAUAGUGUGGUGCAUAAAUGAAGUUAUAUUUGGACAAAUGAUAAGUUUGGAAUAUAUAUUUAUACAAUUGAGUCUA